AUGGAGUUGAAAGCUCCACGCAAGCUGUGGGAGCAUCCCAAUCCAGAAAGCACCCAAAUGUAUACAUUCAUGAAAGAGGCAGAGGUGACCACUGGACGAUCAUUCACGGUGCGUAACGAGCUGAAGUUCUAUUACAGAGCUUCGACUGAUGACGAGUCAAAGGAUUACGAUUCUCUAUACCGGUGGUCAUGCACGCAUCGCGCCGAGUUUUGGGAUUUUGCUUUCCACUACUUCCCAAUCGUCUACACCGGGGCCAUCCGAAGGCCGGUCGUAGAUGAGAAAGCGCGAAUCGACAAAGUCCCCAAAUGGUUCGAGGGCGUCAAACUCAACUUCGCUGAGAAUAUCCUGUUCGUUGGAGAUGAGCAAGGCCGCGCGAAAAUGAGCCCCGGCAAAGAAAAUGAUAAAAUCGCAUGUACCGAAGUAAGGGAAGGAAGUUUCCUAGAACCUACUAGACAUACCAGCUGGAAAGAGCUUCGACGAAGAACUGGGCGAUUGUCCCAAGCUUUAAGAGCACAGGGAGUUCGCAAGGGAGAUAGGAUCGCCUUGGUCGCAAGCAGCUGUCUGGACACACUGACCGUGUUCCUCGCGACGACAGCAAUCGGUGCCAUAUUUUCAAGUACUAGCCCAGAUCUCGGGUCGAAAGGUAUUCUGGAGCGUCUGACGCAGAUAGAACCUAAAUAUGUCUUCAUGGACGAUUUUGCGGUGUACGAUCGCAAGAGAAUUGACUUACGGCCGAAGAUGAGAGAGGUUAUCAGUCAUCUCAAGCAGGUCCCUAACUUCAAGGGCCUCAUCUCACAGCCGCGGUUUCUCGGAAAGCCCGCGGAUAUCUCGACAAUUCCUGACUGCCAGACAUGGGAGUCUUUCAUCUCAAACGCACGAUCGUCCAAAAUGGAGUUUGAGCAACUCGACUUCGGCGACCCCAUGAUCAUUGUGUAUUCCUCAGGAACCACAGGGCUACCUAAAUGCAUUGUGCAUUGCGUCGGGGGAGUUGUGCUCAGUGGGCACAAAGAAUCCCGACUGCAUCGCCGGGUGGAUCAUACGUCGACUCAGCUCCAGUAUACCACUACGGGCUGGAUGAUGUACAUGAGUUCCAUCCAACUCAUGCUCAUGGGUGCAAGGACAGUGAUGUAUGAUGGCAGUCCCUUUGCCGUCGAUGCGGAGAAUUUUAUUCGCCUGGUCGGGGAGCAGAAAGUGACACACUGGGGGGUCUCUCCUCGAUACCUGCACACCUUACGAUCGAGGAACAUCAACCCUCAUGAGGUCACAGAUCUCAGUCACUUGAUAAUGGUCACUAGUACUGGGAUGGUGCUAUCAGAGUCCUUAUUCGAGUGGUUCUAUGAUUUUGGAUUUUCGCCUUCUGUCCAAUUGUGCAACAUAUCUGGAGGGACCGACAUCGCCGCGGCGUUCGGCACCGGAAAUCCCCUCCUUCCUGUAUAUGUUGGAGGAGCACAGUGUAUAUCGCUAGGAAUGGCGGUCUCAGUCUUCGAUCCGAUGAUUGAGGGUGGGAAGGGGGCUGUGGUGCCGGAAGGCACUGCUGGGGAGCUGGUCUGCACAGAGGCGUUCCCAACGAUGCCGGUGAAAUUUUGGGGAGACGUGAACAUGAAAAGGUACAGGAGCAGCUACUUUGAGAAGUACGAAGGUGUUUGGACCCAUGGUGACUUCAUCAUGGUUCAGCCUCAAACCAAACAGGUCCUUUUCUUGGGUAGAGCAGACGGAGUGCUCAACCCCAGCGGAGUGAGGUUCGGCAGCUCUGACAUUUACAACGUGAUCGAAUCCGAUUUCACAGAAGACAUAUCAGACAGCAUCUGCGUGGGCCAGCGUCGGCCUCAAGACGAAGACGAGAGCGUAAUGCUUUUCCUCUUGAUGAAGCCGGGUAAAGCGCUGACACCGACAUUGGUAGAAAGGGUGAAAGCUGCCAUCAGAAAGGAACAUACGCCUCGUCAUGUUCCUAGAUAUGUGUUCGAAACAUAUGAGAUCCCGAUGACUAUUAACUCUAAGAAAGUCGAGCUUCCGGUCAAGCAAAUCGUUUCCGGAAAACUGGUGAAACCGUCAGAAACACUCGCAAAUCCCAAAAGCCUAGACUAUUACUAUCAGUUCGCGAAGGACGAGAAUUUAAUUCAAUCUCACAGAUCGAAACUGUAA